AUGACACAAAUAUCCAUGCUGAGAGCCCACUCCCAGCUGGUGCUGUCUGUCUACGUCAUCACCUUUCUGAGCGGACUUCCCGCCAACGUGCUGGCCUUCUACGCCUUCUGCAGGAAAGUCGCGCAGAAACCCACUCCCAUCGACGUCCUGCUGCUCAACCUGACGGUGUCCGAUCUCAUCUUCCUCAUGUUCCUGCCCUUCAGAAUGUGGGAGGCAGCGGACAAUAUGCAGUGGAACAUGCCUCACUUCCUGUGCCCUCUGUCCGCCUUCCUGUUCUACACCACCAUCUACAACAGCACCUUCUUCCUGACGGCGGUCGGUGUGGAGCGCUAUCUGGGCGUGGCCUUUCCCAUCCGGCAUAGUCUGACCCGCCGGCCUGUGUACGCCGUGGCGGCCAGCGUUGCCUUCUGGGUGAUCUCCUUUAUGCACUGUAGCAUUGUCUACAUCAUGUCCUACUACCACCCCCCCGGCGCUAACAGCACAGCCCCUCCCCCACGGAGGAACGUCUGCUACGAGGACUUCUCCACAGAGCAGCUGAGGAUCCUGCUGCCGGUGCGUCUGGAGCUGUGUCUGGUGCUCUUCUGCAUCCCCUUCCUCAUCUGCUGCUUCUGCUACGUCAGCUUCAUCCGCAUCCUGUCCCGGCUGCCCAACAUCGGCCGCAGGAGACGGCUGCGGGCCAUGGGGAUGGCCCUGGGGACGCUGCUGGUGUUUGGCCUCUGCUUCGGGCCCUACAACGUGUCGCACGUGGUGGGGUUUGUCACUGGGAGGAGCCCCCGCUGGCGGGACUUUGCUCUGCUCCUCAGCACCUUCAACGCCUGCCUGGACCCCCUCAUCUUCUACUUCUCCUCCUCAGCCGUGAGGAGCACGCUCAGCCACUUCCUCAAGGGGCUUCUGGGAAGGCUGCAGGGGUCAGACUGUCACAGGGCUCUCUGCUGCCCCCUGCUGACCUACUCUGAGACAGACAGGGCCAAAGAACCGCACCCUACACAGACUAAUACUGUCUGA